AUUCUUCAGCAAGUUCCGUGCACUACUCUUCGACCGGGCGAGAGUGUAGCCAGUGUUCUUUGGUACCGUGGCAACAGUGACAUCGACCCUCGAAAAGAAAGACUGAUUGGGCAGAACGACAAUAGGGCAAACCAGAAGUAUGCUCUGACGUCAUACAACGGACUGAUCAUUAAAGACGUCACCAAACAGGACGAGGGGAAUUAUGUCUGCAUUGUUGUUCUUCACGAAGCGAUCAACAGAUAUAGCGUGGUUGAAGUACAUGUUAUAGAAGGCGUGUUUCAAGCCGUAGAAGCUGACCUCAUAACUACGUCUAGCUUGGCUCAAUCUUUACGUCACAGGAUACCAUGCCGGUGUGGUAUGACGUCAUCUUCAACAGUGUACUGGUCACAGGGAACCGGUGUUACGAGUGGAACUGAUAUUCUCGGUGCAAGGUUCCCCGGUGGAACUGUACUUCAGUUCCAAGGUCGAGUUGGUAUCGGUGUAGCUUCGACCGGUUCGCUAAUACUCAACUCUCUUCAAAACACCCGAGAAACUGCGAGGUUUUGGUGUCACGUUUUCGAGCUGGACGGGUCUUUGAUGAAUUGUUACGUCGACGCAAAGAUAGUGAAAGGUGAAGAUCAAACACUGCCGUGUACCGAUGGACCAAUUAGCGAGCAGACAUGCGUGGUACAGUGGUUUAAAGAUGCCUCAUCAGCCAUAGAACUUCUUGUGAACUAUACCGCCUUGAAUGACGUCACGUAUGACGAUGCGGGUUUUGGUCUCGGUAGUGAUUUUGCUCUUGUAAUAAAAUCUGCAGAUGAAGAAAAUGGCGGGAUAUACAUCUGCAAGAUGAAGUCUGGUUUCCGGCGUAUGGAGGUCCGAGUUAUUGGUGAUACAUUUCCACUUGACAAGGGCUACAUUUCAAGAGUUGAAGAAAUAACUUUUGAGACUGGGCAGAAUUACACGCUAGAAUGUACGGUUGGUUUGAACACCACAAAAAGCAGAACAGCAUUUUGGUCAUUCGGCCAAAAAGAUGCAAUAAACACCACCGUUAUCGGAACAUUCAAAUCCCCGGAUAGUUUGGUGAACGCAGAGAGCAUUGGAAGGAACAGCUGUUAUAGUAUCACCGUUGAUGGCGCUCUACUGCUGACCGGCUGCCUGAUUGAUAGUGACGUCAGAUACUGGUGUCACGUGUUCCUAGACGGUGUACUGUACCGAUACUACGUGGAUUUGGUCGUCGUACAAGAUAAUUCGUCGAAGUCUUUCUUGAGUCCCUUCUGGAUAAUAAUCCCCAUUAUCGCAAUUGUCAUCAUCCUGUGUUUAGUGACUGUGCUCUGCUGGAAAUCCCGAGUAGUCAAACCGUAUUGCCCCUGUUACGUCAUGGUUGAUUUCGAAGAUUCUGACGCAGAGCUGAUUAGAGAAGUCAAGGACGAAGUAAUGGUGAGGGUUGCAAGAGUUCCAAUAACACCUUGGGCUACAGACGACACCCCAUCAUGCUACAAACGAAUGGUAGACGUCUACAUACCACCCCAAUUGUUCAUCAAACACAAAGCAGCCGAGCACACCAUACGGUAUCAGUUAAAAUCAGACGACCAACUCUUUGACGAUGGUAUCUCACAGUUAAAAAGUAAGCAUGUUGUCCUUGAGGGUAGGGCAGGUAGCGGGAAAACCACUCUCUUGCACAAGAUUGCCUUUGAAAUGUGCAUUGGGAAAGCCGAAGCAUUGGAGAGACAGGUUAGGUUGGUGCUGGUCUUAACAGCUAGGGUACUCCUUCAACAUGGAAAUCUUGGUGACGCAGUCUUUCAACAGUUAGGUCAACCAAAACACACAAAGAUAUCGCCAAGUUCUAUCAAUUCAUUUUGCAAAAGACACACCUUGGAUGUGGCGAUUCUUGUUGAUGACUGCGAGGAAGUUGGACAAGUCUUGGAGUUUAUCCGAAUGCAAGGUCUGUUUGGUGCUAACGUCGUUUUGGCAACAAGACAAAUACGGGAUGCAGAUUUUAGAUCUGAGUUUGAUUGCCGUUAUGUCACAGUCUCUGGCUUCACACCGACAAGUUCUCGAAGGUUCAUCAAAUGUGUUCUUGACAACAGCAAGAGGAGCGAAGAACUUGUCGGGUAUCUUGACGAUCAUAUUUUACCUCCCUAUGUUGAGUCUCUUCCAUUGAACCUUACGGCUCUGUGUCAGCUAUCUUUGUGGACAGACGGUGAAGUUUUCAGACGUCGCCUUAAAACAAGCGAGUUGUUUUGUAAACUGGUCAAGUGUUUGUUUGAUGGUGCUGCGUACAGAACAAAACAACAGGGCGAUGGUAGUGGUCAAACCAUGGAAUGCCAUCAAUCAACUCGAGAUCAACCGCGCCAUGGCAGUAGUCAAACCAUGAAAGGCCAUCAACCAACUCGAGAUCAACAGGGCGAUGGUAGUGGGCAAACCAACGCAGGCCAUCAACCAACUCGAGAUCAACAGGGCAAUGGUAGUGGUCAAACCAUGGAAUGCCAUCAACCAACUCGAGAUCAACCGCGCCAUGGCAGUAGUCAAACCAUGAAAGGCCAUCAACCAACUCGAGAUCAACAGGGCGAUGGUAGUGGGCAAACCAACGCAGGCCAUCAACCAACUCGAGAUCAACCGCGCCAUGGCAGUAGUCAAACCAUGAAAGGCCAUCAACCUACUCAAGAUCAACAAGGCGAUGGCAGUGACCAAACCAUGAAAGGCCAUCAACCAACUCGAGAUCAACAGGGCGAUGGUAGUGGCCAAACCAACGCAGGCCAUCAACCAACUCGAGAUCAACUGGGCGAUGUGAGUGGUCAAACCAACGAAAGCCAUCAACUAAGCCAAUAUCAACAGAAAAUGCUGGUUAAUUUGGGAAAGAUAGUAAUACCAAGGGUUUUACAGAAUCAUGGCCUAUUUUGUGAGCUGUCCCGAAAAGAUGUUGAUCAGUUUGUUGAAAGCACGAAUAGUGCCUUUGACGAGGGUGUUAGAGUUGGGCUUCUCCGUGAGCGAGUUGGAGGUUCUGCAUCUCAAACAGAACGAACGGCUUACUUUGCCCUAGAGAUUCUCCAAGACCUCUCUGUCGGCAUCAGUUUGACCCAAACCGAUAAAAGUCUGUCUUCCUAUUUGGAAGAAAUGGUGCCUUUUGGAACGACAUUUGCCAAAGCGUUCCUGUUUGCUGGUUUGCCAAGUCAUAAUGCUUAUCCUUCCAUAAAGGUCGUAAUGAAAAAGACACUUGACGAUAUUACAAGCAAACUGAAAAGUCUGAAACCAGUGUCUGGAAAGUCCUCAGCUCCAAUUGAUCAGAAUACGUUUUUGAAACUAAAACAAAGAUACAUGCAGAUGAUUGAAAUGUAUCUCCAACUCCAACAUGAAUCAGGAGGUGAAGUGAGCUUACCGAUCAAGGUCAGAUUAUUGUCAGUGGGGAGUUCCCCUUUAGGCAAAGGCAAGAUUUGCUUAAUAGGGGUCUCAAGUCAUAAGUUACAGUUGCUUUCGUACUCUCUCACACACCUGCAGACAGAAUCGAAGAUCAUGUCCAUCAAGUUGCUUCGAUUUGGCAAACACACGUCGAAAGAGCUGAGGAAGUAUCUGGGGGAUUUUCUUCCAUACGUGUUUGAAGACACUGAUAAAGAAACGUCCAAACUUGAGGAGACAGAAUUGGUUAAUUUAACGCUGAGUUUGUUGGAAAGGUUUGAAUCUAACCUAAGGGGUGAGGUUGAUGGGAGUUCAUCUAACCUUGACCUAGACACCGGUGUCAUUCUUGCCAUGCAGACUCCAUUUCUACAAGACGCCAUGCUGUCGCAAUCAGGUGAAUGUUGCUUGUCAACCCCUGCUAAAGACUUUGGCCAUUGUCUCCUCAAGCUGACGAAUUUGGAGGAGAUUGUCUUGAUUGGGUCGAUUCUAGACUCAAAGACCAUCUGCGAGAUGGCGAGAAACCUGAAGAAUUUCAAGCAGUUGAAGAUGCUAGAUCUUCGUCUGAACAAGAAGAUUGACGACUCUGCUUUCAGUGAGGUCACACAAUCAGUCUCUACUUGCAGAAGCCUGGUUGAUCUUAGACUAUCUCUGUACGUGGUAACUCUGCAAGGGUACGAUGAAGUCACGCGAUGUCUUGAAAACGAUAAAAAUGGUUGGAAGAGAUUGAAGAAACUGUUUCUGCUUCACGGUAAUCCUACAGAAAGGUUUGUGGUAUUUCUAUCCGAAGUCAUGAGGUACCUGAAGAAUAUCAAUGAAUUCAACAUCGCAGCACUCAACUCGUCUGAGGAGUUGUCACAUGAAGCUAUUGCCGGUUUUGAAAGUGCUUUCAAGUCGAUGGAGAUCAGUCAGAAAAACAUAGAGAUUGAGAACAUGGAAGAUUUGAGGGCUAAAAUAAAGCCGGCUUCCAAGGAUCAGAAGCAACAAGCUGGGAGUAUCGAGCCGGCAAAGGAUAGCGAAACAUGCGGUGUUGAUGAAACCUCUCCAUUAAUAGAUAAAGAUUUAGAUCAUCUCGAACUACCCCAAAGCAACCAAGAGGGGGUUGCACAAAAGAGCUAG